CUCGGCACCCCCACCACCCCCCCUCCCUCCUCUCCUAAAGCAAAAUGGCAGAGCCGACAACGUUCCCCGCCCCCGCCUCGGACCUCACCGUCCUCCUCCUCGGCGCCGGUGGCCGCGAGCACGCGCUGGCCUUCAAGCUCGCCCAGUCGCCCCGCGUCAAGCGCGUCCUCAUCGCGCCCGGAAACGGCGGCACGUCGCUCAUCGGCGGCAAGGUCCAGAACGUCAACGUCCCGUGGGGCGGCAAGGCGGGCUACGCCGGCGCUGUCCAGUUUGCCAAGGAGAACAAGGUCGACCUCGUCGUCCCCGGCCCCGAGCAGCCGCUCGUUGACGGCGCCGAGGCCGAGUUCCGCAAGGCCGGCAUUGCCACCUUCGGUCCCUCGCCCGCUGCGGCGCUUCUCGAGGGCUCCAAGGCCCUCUCGAAGGAGUUCAUGGCCCGCCACAACAUCCCGACUGCCGGCUUCCGCAACUUCACCCUCGACCAGUACGAGGACGCUGUUGCCUACCUCAAGUCGAACCCCUUCUCGUCGGGCCGCGCCGUCAUCAAGGCGUCGGGGCUUGCUGCCGGUAAGGGUGUGCUCAUCCCCGAGACGACCGAGGAGGCGCUCGCUGCGCUCAAGUCGGUCAUGGUCGACAAGGAGUUUGGCGACGCCGGCAACGAGGUUGUGGUUGAGGAGUUCCUCACGGGCCCCGAGAUCUCGGUCCUUGCCUUCUCCGACGGCUACACCAUUGUCCCCAUGCCCGCUGCGCAGGACCACAAGCGCAUCGGCGAGGGCGACACUGGCCUCAACACUGGCGGCAUGGGCGCGUACGCCCCGGCCCCCGUUGCUACCCCCGAGAUCAUGGAGCGUGUCAUCAAGGAGUCGCUCGAGCCCACGAUCCGUGGCAUGCGCCUCGACGGCCACCCCUUUGUCGGCCUCCUCUUCACCGGCUUCAUCCUUACCUCGGCCGGCCCCAAGGUCCUCGAGUACAACGUCCGCUUUGGCGACCCCGAGACCCAGGCGCUCAUGCUCCUCCUCGACGACGAGACCGACCUUGCCGAGGUCAUGCUCGCCGCCGUUGAACGCCGCCUCGACUCGGUCAAGCUCGGCUACCGUGACGGCUUUGCCGUCUCGGUCGUUGCCGCGUCCGAGGGCUACCCCGGCUCGUACCCCAAGGGUGUCCCCAUGCAGAUUGGUGCCGUUCCUGAGGGCGUCCAGGUCUUCCACGCCGGUACCGCUGUCAAGGACGGCGUCACCGUGACCGACGGUGGCCGUGUCCUCGCCGUCGCCGCCGUUGGCAACACCAUCCGUGAGGCUGUCGACCUCGCCUACAAGGGUGUUGCUGCCGUCGAGUUCAAGGGCAAGACCAUCCGCCGUGACAUUGCCUACCGCGCCCUUGCCGCCGAGACCCCCGCCGGACCCAGCGCCCCCGUCGCCCUCACCUACGCCGCUGCCGGUGUCGAUGUCGACGCCGGUAACGCCCUCGUCGAGGCCAUCAAGCCCGUCGUCAAGGCCACGCGCCGCCCCGGAGCCAACGGCGAGAUUGGUGGCUUUGGCGGUGCCUUUGACCUCAAGUCGGCUGGCUUCCGCGACCCCGUGCUCGUCUCGGGCACUGACGGUGUCGGAACCAAGCUCCGUGUUGCCCUCAACUACGGCAAGCACUCGACCGUUGGUAUCGACCUCGUCGCCAUGAGCGUCAACGACCUUAUCGUCCAGGGUGCCGAGCCCCUGUACUUCCUCGACUACUAUGCUUGCUCCAAGCUCGACGUCCCUGUCGCUGCCGACGUUAUCACCGGUAUUGCCCAGGGCUGCCUCGAGUCGGGCUGUGCCCUCAUUGGUGGUGAGACUGCCGAGAUGCCUGGCAUGUACCACGGCGACGACUACGACCUUGCUGGCUUUGCCGUCGGCGCUGUCGAGCGUAACCUCAUGCUCCCCCGCAACGACAUGAAGGCCGGUGACAUUCUCAUUGGUCUUCCCUCGUCUGGACCCCACUCGAACGGCUUCUCGCUCAUCCGCAAGGUCGUUUCGCUUGCCGGACUCGACCUCAACUCGCCCGCUCCCUGGUCGCCCAAGGAGACUGUCGGCGACUCUCUCCUCACCCCCACCCGCCUCUACAUCAAGCCCCUCCUCCCUGGUAUCCGCGCCGCCCUGUUCAAGGGCAUGUCGCACAUCACUGGCGGUGGCUUCACCGAGAACAUCCCCCGUGUCUUUGUCGGCCAGCCCGACCUCGGUGUCAAGAUUGACCUGACUUCGUGGCAGCUGCCCGAGCUGUGGAAGUGGAUCUCCAAGACUGGCAACGUUGCGCCUCUGGAGCUUGCACGCACCUUCAACUGUGGUGUGGGCAUGGUCAUUAUUGUCGGCAAGGACCAGGUCUCUGCCGCGCUCGAGAGCCUGCACUCGAACGGCGAGCCCAAGGCCUUUGUCAUGGGUGAGGUCAUUGCCACGCCGGGUGUCGAGUACCUUGGAAUCGAGUCCUGGUCUCAGUAAAAUCCAACGUCUGCGGGAUUCCAAAUCAUCCCACAGCGUCAUCUCAUAUUUUGUCUAGACGUAGUCGGUCGCGCAUCAACCGUGCAUGUAUACUUGUGAAAAGGA